AUGAAUGGAGUGUUUGCUGUAUACAAGCCAUCGGGUAUUUCGUCGGCGAAAUAUAUAGGUGAGCUUCAAGAACUAUUCACCAAAUCCAAGACCUUUGCUCCUGAUUUAAAAGCAAUGAAGGAGAAAGUUUUGUAUGACUUAAGUCGAGAUAAAAAAUGGAAAAACCGUGCACAGAAGAAAGCCGAUAAUACUAAAAUAAAGAUUGGCCACGGCGGGACCUUAGAUCCAAUGGCUAGUGGAGUUUUGGUUGUUGGAGUUGGAUUGGGCACAAAGAAGUUGCAGUACUAUUUAUCCGAGUGUCAAAAGACUUAUGAGACAAAAGCAUUGUUGGGAAUAUCGACCACUACAGGGGAUGCUGAGGGUGAAAUUAUAACCAAAACUAAGGUUGAUUAUAUAACCCCAGAAUUGGUGAAGCUGACUGUGAAAAAGUUUGUUGGAGAUAUCAAACAAACACCUCCAAUUUUUUCAGCUUUAAAGGUCAAUGGGAAACCACUUUAUGAGUAUGCUAGAGAAGGGCUACCAUUACCAACUCAAAUUAAAGUAAGAGAUGUCAGAGUUAACGAUAUCAAGGUGAUUGAUGAUGACUUACUAUCAACUGAUCAUGAGUUUAAAAAGCUCGAGAGCGAAUUGGAUGAAAAUGGUGUUCCUAAAGAGCAUGGAUUGAUGAAUAAUCCAACUUUAAAUGACUCUCCGUUGUAUUAUUCCAAGGAGCACCUUGAAUCGUCUAAAGAUGACUUGGCGGAUGUUAAGCCCAAGCUACUAGCCGAUGAUGAACACCAUCCUGAAAAAUUACCAUUAAUACAUUUCAUAUCUGACGUUUCUUCUGGGACGUACAUUAGAAGCUUGAUUAGUGAUAUUGGAAGAGCCUUGGAGUCCUCAGCUUACAUGGUUGAACUUAUCAGGGUUAAGCAAUCUGAGUGGCAAUUAGAUAAAAAUGUGUUUAAAAUGGAGGAUUUUGAGAAGAGUGAGGAUGUGUGGGGUCCAAUUUUGAAAAAAGUCUUGGACCAAGGAGGAGAAAAUAUAGACUUGACAGCAGAGUUUUCUGCUAUGGAUAGACAAUCGGAGAAUACAAAAGAUGGGGAAACUGAAUCCAAAGAUGUGUCUAAUGAUGUGUCUACAAAUGGGUCUACAGAUGACGCACCAAGAGGAGAAAAGAGAACAAUUGAUGAAGUUGAAAAAUGA